GUUUAAUUCCAAUAAAAUUUAAGCUCAUGUGGGACAGUGGGGAGUUACAAAAACAAACGAAUUUACGAACAGCAGUCAAUUUCAUCUACGCGGUUUCAAUCGAGAGAAGCGUUGGAUUUCGGGAUCCUGUUCAGGUUCAUCACAUCGUUUCACUUCAUAAAUACAUACUCCGUAUAUGGGUAACCGUCACGGCCGUCUCCCCGGGCGGCGACCCCACCACCAACCCGUCCCCGCACCUCCACCACAUGCCUAUAAAUAUGACCCCCCCGCCAAAUCACUCUGCUCCACCAACUCAGCUGCCGCAGCGGUAUAAGAUGGGUCUGGCUUUGCCGUAUGCCCACGUGGACUCCAGCCUGCGAGCUCUCGCUCACCAAGCCGAAGGCUUUGGUCGCUCCGCCAUCGGCGGCCUCCACGGCCCUCUCUAUCACGUCACUUCUUUACACGAUGAUGGACCAGGGUCUCUACGGGAUGGAUGUCGUAUGAAAGAACCUCUCUGGAUAGUGUUUGACAUUUCAGGGACCAUUGAGCUUAGGUCCUAUUUAAGUGUUUCAUCGUAUAAAACCAUUGAUGGGAGAGGUCAAAGGAUCAAACUCACUGGAAAAGGCUUGAGGUUGAAGGAGUGUGAACAUGUGAUUGUCUGCAAUCUGGAGCUUGAAGGUGGUAGAGGACCUGAUGUUGAUGGGAUCCAGAUUAAACCCAAGUCAAAGCACAUCUGGAUUGACCGGUGCAGCCUAAGUGAUUUUGAUGAUGGGUUGAUUGAUAUCACCAGAGAGAGUACAGAGAUAACUAUUUCUAGGUGUCACUUCUCAAAUCAUGACAAGACAAUGCUGAUCGGGGGAGAUCCAUCCCAUGUGACAGAUAGAUGUAUGAGGGUGACUGUACAUCAUUGUUUCUUCAAUGGGACUAGACAGCGUCAUCCUCGUGUUAGGUUUGCAAAGGUGCAUUUAUACAAUAACUAUACAAUAGGCUGGGGAAUCUAUGCUGUCUGUGCCAGUGUAGAGUCUCAGAUAUACUCGCAGUGCAACAUAUAUGAAGGGAGACAGAAGAAAGUGGCAUUCAAGUAUCUAUCCGAGAAGGCUACUGAUAAGUUGGAAGAAUGCACGGGCGGAAUCAAAUCGGAAGGUGACUUGUUUGUUUGCGGAACACAAUCAGGCCUGAUGCCAACAGCCAAUGAAGGUGAUGUGUUUCAUCCAAGCGAAUACUACCCUACAUGGACUGUGGAAGCUCCCUCUGAUGACCUUAAACACUUCCUUCAGCACUGCACAGGAUGGCAAUGUGUCCCACUACCCCCGGAUCUGACUGUCGUCACUUGAACAUAUAUACAUACCUGUGGCCAGAACACAGACAAACAACUAGAAUGCUCUCCGUGUUAUUUAUGUUUAAUUUUCUUUGUGCUAUAUGCCUAUACCUCGUUGGUGUGCUCGUGUAAUGUUAGCUCUGGUACAACUUGUUUCUUUAGCACACAUAUGAUAUAUAGUAUAUCAUAUAACAUUGUUGUAUCUCUUACAGUAAGACAUAAAAGGUAUAUAUUUUAUAUAUGAUGAAAUAUGUUUUCACCA